AUGGCAAGCACAGCCAGAGCUGCACGCCUCUAUGUCGGCAAUUUGGCGUGGACAGUCGGCCAUCGUCAGCUAAGGGAAUAUUUUGCGCAAUUUGGCCCUGUUCAAAGUGCCAAAGUAGUUUUUGACAGAUCAACAGGCCUAAGUAAAGGUUACGGUUUUGUAGAAUUUGCAAGUCCCUCAGGUGCUGCUGAUGCAACAAAUAAACAAUUGCACUCUCUUGAGGGAUUAAAUUUGAAUGUUCAACUUCAAAAUAAU